GGAAAUAAUUUUCAGUCGGGACCGGAAGUCCCGGGAAGGACUUUCCUGCCGGACGACUCCAUAGACACCAAUGUCUUGGGAUAGGGCGUUUUCAGGACGGACGCCAUCUUGGAUUGAACGCCGGGCCGCCCCUUCCUGUUCCUCCGCAACCGUCCCCAGCUGAGUCCGGACAAGAGGGAAAAAGUUGCUGCCGGUCCUUCCUUCCUUCCUGCGCCGUCCGUCCAUUUGUCGGCCCCAAUGGCUGCGGCCUCCGGCCUUCCCCAUGGAGAUGACAGGGACAGCUUCCCCUGUGCCGCGCCCACCCCACUGCCAGCCCCACAGAGCCUGGGCCUGGCCCCCAGUCCAGAGGUCGUCCUCACCCCCGAGCGGAGCAGCACUAGGAAAACAGGCAGCGGGAUCCUUCGGCAACACGGGCAGGGAAAGCUCCCGCGGAGACAGGUUCGUUUCAGGCUGGGAUCAAUCAGCCUCGAUCCACCCAAGCCGCCGGAGGAGACCCAGAGUAACAACUCGGAGGGCCCCCAGCUCCCCGUCACACCGAAGCAGCAGACCCGGGAUGGCUCGGCCAGGGUGGACUUGCAGCCGCCCCCUGCUCCGCUGGCCGUCCCCGUUCCCCACAGCACUCUGGCUUUGGGAGCAGAGGUGCAGGCCGCGCGAGAGCAGGGCUUCAAUGCUCAGCAGGCGGCAGAGGAGCUGGUGCAACGCUCCUUUGUCACCCGUUGUGCUGUGGAAGCUCGAGUGAGUGAAGGCGUGAACAUCCCUCGGGACCAGCAACUCUACCACGGACUCAUCAGCCUCCAUGUCCCAGAAGAGGAAUUGCUCAGCUCGGUUGUGCAGGAGAAACUCGCCCUUGUCCGGCACCGUCCUGAAGCCAGGCAGGAGGCACACGGCACAGGACCGGAUCUGCUGGCAUUUUACAACCCAGAGGAGCUGUUCACGGAGACUCCCUACCUGGAGGUGGAAGGACUGCCACCCUUGAAGCUACAACCUCAGACACGGGAUCCAUCCACCACGUUCUUUAUGUACCGAAAGCUCCACCAGUGGGACAGUUGAGAGGGAAGGGGCCGGGGUGGUGGUGGUGGAGGUCCCUGCCCUGUAAAAACUGGACUCCUCCCAAGUGCUUUGUUUGAGGCUAUUUAUCCACCAGGUCGUUCCCUCUCCCUUGCCUGUUUUGUACAUAAAACUUCACCGCAAUCCGUC